AUGGCACUCUUCAAGCAAUACCAUGACUCGAAGGCGGUCCUCUAUAAUUUCACCUUCGAAGGUUGCAAAGUCCUGGACAGAUCCGCCAGGAAUCCUGUGUCUAAUUUCUUCAUGGAAAUGCUCUCGACCUACUCCAAUUUGAACCAUUCAUGUCCCUACAAUAAAGACACCGAAUUCGAUUACUGCUAUACGAAGUCGGCCAGCCGUGUGGCCAAAUUCUUUUUUGAAACCUCGAAUAUUAACCAGUCCUGUCCCUACAAUACUUAUUCCAGCAUUGAAUUUACGAACGUCAACUGCACUUCAUUGGAUAGUAAAUUCGGGGAGUUCGAGUACUGCUACCUAAAGUCAGUGAAUCGUACCUACAAAUACUUCUCCGCAAAAUUUAAAGUUUAUGAGCUUCCUAUUAAGUCCAUGAAGGUAAAUUUUUCGUUGUGGAAGCGAUACAAUGGCUAUAAGCCCUUCCUUUACAAUGUCACCUUUGAUGCCUGCAAAUUCUUUGCCAAUAACAACUCCAAUCGUGUGAUCAAGUUCUUUUAUGAAUCGUUUACGUACUACUCGAAUAUAAACCACACAUGUCCCCUCAAUCAUGACAUCAUUAUGGAAAAGCUUCCUAUCGACUUUGUUAACCACCGAAUGACGGAAAUUCUUCCAUUUCCCGAAGGGCAAUAUCUCGUUGAAAUCCAUUCCCGGUUUGAGUUUACGAAUGCCAACUGCACCACGGUGGAUAGGAAAUUCGGGGAGUGCGACUACAUCUACCUGAAGUCGGUGAAUCGGACUUAUAAAUAUUUAUCCGCGAAAUUUAAACUCUAUCAACUUCCGGUUAAAGCUCUAGGAGUAAAUCUUGUGCUAAUGAAGAGAUUCAACGGAUAUAAGCCAUUCCUGUACAACAUUACCAUCAAUGCGUGUAAAUUCUUUGCCAAUACCAAGUCCAGCCCCGUGGUGAAAUUUUUCUAUGAAUCGAUUACGACCUUCUCUAACAUGAACCACUCAUGUCCCUACAAUCAUGACAUUAUAUUGGAGAAGCUUCCUGUUGAUUUUAUAAACCACCGACUGACAAAUGUUUUACCGUUUCCCGAGGGUGAUUAUCUUUUUCAGGCCCACUGGUUUCGUUCGGGAUCUCUUUUUGCUGUGGUCAAAAUAUAUGGCACCCUUUCAUGA